CUCUUAAUAACGAGAAAAACAGGCCUGGCGUUCUGUUUUCUCGGCCUAGAUGGCGGAGGCCGACUAGAUGUCUAAUUCUAGCUAAACCCUUUUGCUUUUCACCUCUUCUUCCUACUUAUAAGCACAGCCAACAAGGAAUAGGGCACGUCAGACGCUCAAUAACGUUAAGUUCACAAAGACGUGGCGCUCUACUGUCUCCGGGAUCCUAAAGUUACUUAUUUUUCUCAUUUUAAGCGGUAACACUGUAGCAAAGCUGCCCGGACACUUAGCCACGGGAAACGGAACUGAAGAGUCUACAUGAAAACUGAGAAGGGGACCACAUUUAGAGUAACUCAACAACAAGGCGCAUGCGUCUUUGGGCGGGCCGCGAGAGCUUCCGGGAAGCCAGCCAAUCAUACUCCCAGCGCGAAGGCGGCGGCGGCCUUUUCAAGUGGGCGAGCGGGCCGCAGUCCCGCCCUCCGGCCCGCUGUCUGUGUGAAGGGGGCGGAUGGGCAACGGCCUGGCGGCGGUGGAGCGGCGGCGGCAGUGGAGUGGCGGGGGCGGCGGCUGCUGGCGUCCGAGCGAAGCUUCGGGCGGGCGUGGGCGUCAUGAGCGGCCGGCAGAGAACGCUCUUCCAGACGUGGGGCUCGAGCGUGUCCCGAGCCGCCGGGGCUCCGGGUUGCGGGUCCGGAGCGGGGCGGCCCCGGAGCCCCGGCGUCGGCGGGGCGCGCUCUCCUGCAGCGGCGGGGGCCGCCGAGGCUGAGCCCGAGGUGGACGACGACGUGUUGCUGGUCGCCGUGUACGAGGCCGAGCGGCAGCUGGGGCUGGAGAGUGGCGGGUUCUGCGCGUCGGCGGGCGCCCUGUGGAUCUACCCCACGAACUGCCCGGUGCGGGACUACCAGCUGCGCAUCGCCCGCGCCGCGCUGUUCUGCAACACGCUCGUGUGCCUGCCCACCGGCCUGGGGAAGACCUUCAUCGCCGCCGUGGUCAUGUACAACUUCUACCGCUGGUUCCCCUCCGGCAAGGUGGUCUUCAUGGCCCCCACCAAGCCCUUGGUGACACAGCAGAUCGAGGCUUGCUACCGGGUGAUGGGUAUCCCGCAGCCCGACAUGGCCGAGAUGACAGGAUGUAUUCAAGCCUUCACCAGGAAGGAAAUAUGGCGCAGUAAGAGAGUCCUUUUCCUUACACCUCAAGUCAUGGUAAAUGAUCUUUCCCGAGGAUCUUGUCCUGCUGCUGAAAUAAAGUGUCUAGUUAUUGAUGAAGCUCAUAAAGCUCUUGGAAACUAUGCUUAUUGCCAGGUUGUAAGAGAACUAGUCAAAUAUACAAAUCACUUUAGAAUCUUGGCUCUUAGUGCCACACCAGGUAGUGAUAUAAAGGCCGUGCAACAGGUUAUUACCAACCUACUAAUUGGGCAGAUAGAGCUUCGUUCUGAAGAUUCUCCAGAUAUCCUGCCAUACUCUCACGAGAGACGAGUUGAAAAACUUGUCGUUCCCCUCGGUGAAGAACUUGCUGCCAUCCAAAAGGCAUAUAUACAGAUUUUGGAAACAUUUGCUAGUUCUUUGAUUCAGAGGAAUGUUUUGAAGAGACGGGAUAUCCCCAGUCUAACAAAAUACCAGAUAAUUCUGGCAAGAGAUCAAUUUAGGAAAAACCCAUCUCCAAAUAUUAUGGGAAUACAAGGCAUAAUCGAGGGAGAGUUUGCUAUUUGUAUUAGCUUGUAUCAUGGUUACGAAUUAUUGCAGCAAAUGGGAAUGAGAUCCUUAUAUUUCUUCCUUUGUGGAAUUAUGGAUGGAACUAAAGGAAUGACUCGGGCAAAAAAUGAACUUAGCCGAAACGAGGACUUCAUGGCACUCUAUAACCAUCUUGAGGGCAUGUUUGCACAGACACAGGGUGCUUCAGCAGGGGGCACCUCUGCUACCCAGAAAGGAGAUAAAGAUAAAACAUUUUUCUACAGUCAUCCAAAGUUAAAGAAAUUAGAAGAAGUUGUAGUUGACCACUUCAAGUCGUGGAAUGCUCAGAACGCCUCUGAAAAGAAAUGUGACAAGACCAGAGUUAUGAUCUUCUCUUCAUUUCGAGACAGUGUUCAGGAAAUUGCAGAAAUGCUUUUACAGCAUCAGCCAAUGAUUAGAGUGAUGACUUUUGUUGGCCACGCCUCAGGGAAAAGCAUGAAGGGUUUUACCCAGAAGGAGCAACUGGAGGUAGUGAAACAGUUUCGUAGUGGUGGUUACAAUACAUUGGUUUCUACUUGUGUUGGUGAAGAAGGUUUGGAUAUAGGAGAAGUUGAUCUUAUAAUAUGUUUUGAUGCCCAGAAGAGCCCAAUUCGUCUUAUACAGCGCAUGGGUAGGACCGGCCGCAGACGCCAAGGCAGGAUCGUUGUUAUCCUUGCUGAGGGACGGGAAGAACGGACUUAUAAUCAAAGUCAGUCCAACAAAAGAAGUAUUUAUAAAGCUAUUUCGAGUAACAGGCAGGUCCUUCAUUUUUAUCAAGGAAGUCCACGAAUGGUUCCUGAUGGAGUCAAUCCAGAAUUACAUAAAAUGUUCAUCACGCAGAGUGUCUAUCAACCGGAGAAGCGUUCUCGAAACUUGCCGCGAGAGGCAUCUGUCUUUUACUGUAGGAAUGGAAUGAAGCAAACUAAUUCAAAGAAAGAUUGGUUUUUAUCAGAAGAAGAAUUUAAAUUAUGGACCAGACUUUAUAGAUUAAAAGACAGUGAUGGAAUUAAGGAAGUAACAUUGCCUCGGGUUCGGUUUCUCUCUUUACAAAAUGAGAAAGACAGACCAACUCAAGAAACCACUGCUGGAAUUCGUCAGCUCUCUCUCUCUGAAUGGAGGCUGUGGCAGGAUCAUCCUCUUCCUACGCAUCGAGUUGGCCAUUCGGAUCGAUGCCACCAUUUCAUAAGCAUUAUGCAAAUGAUAGAAGGCAUGAGACACGAAGAGGGAGAAUGCAGCUAUGAAUUGGAAAUUAAAUCUUACUUACAAAUGGAAGACGUUAACUCAACAUUUAGUGUUCCCAGGAAUGAAUAUAAUAUUCCUGCCAAUGGCAUCUUUACUACUAACAAGAAAUCUUCAUUUACAAAGAAGAUAAAUCAGGGCAAUUCAUUCUCAAUGACUGAAUUUGAUGAAGAAUGUGCUGAAAUUUUUAAGCAAACUCAUAUCAAACCUACUAAAAUUGGUUCUCUAAAGAAAAAAGCUGAAAAACUGAAAAAAGAUCAGCCUAAAAAAGGAAAUGAUGAUGUUGUUUUGGAUUCUUUAGAAACCGAUGGCAAUUCCACUGUUGAAAAUACUUUUCAGGAAGCCCUACUAAGUGAUAAGAUGGUAUCAGAUGCAGAAGUUGCUGCCUCGUGUACUAUCAGUGAAAGUGUUGUUCAUCAGCCACGUGGAUUAUUAAUGGAGUGCCAGUUUACAAAUAAGUCUACUAGUUCAUUUGCUGGAGACUUUCUCGAUUCUGGUUAUAGCAGUGUCAGUGAUGAGAAAUCGGCUUCCUCUGGCUUGUUUCUUCCAUUUGAGGAGGAGCUUUCUGUAGCUGGAGCAGAUGACCAAUUUUAUAAUUGUCACUCAGUAACAAAAGAGGUGCUAGCUCAUGUAGAGAGAUUUUUAUCUCAUUCUCCUCCCCCUCUCAGUGGACUCUCAAAUUUGGAGUACGAAAUUGCUAAGGGUUCUGCACAUGAGAAUUUGCUUUUCCUGCCCUACACGGAGUAUUUACAAAAUGAUAAAUCCACCUGUUUGAUGUCACAUUCAGCUGUAACUUGUCAACAGAAUGUAGAAUCGAAUUCACUUAACCUUCUUAAUCAUCCUUCUGAAAAAAGUUGUCUUUAUGGUGCAGCUAAUGCUGAGAUUUCUGAUGAGCCAAGCUUCUGUGACUAUGAUAAUAAACUACAUAAAGAUAUUCAAAAUGAAAAUUUAGUAUCCAACAAUCAUAUUCAAAUAAACAUAGGCCCGCCGAAGUAUUUUGUUGAAGAAAAGAAUCGUAAUGUUGAUAACAAUGGCCUCCCAGUAUUGUCGACUGAUCAAGAUGAGAGUUUACUCUUGUUUGAAGAUGUCGAUACAGAGUCUAACGACGUGAGCCUUUCUCCGUCAAAGAGUAAACACAGGUCUAUGUGUGUGUCAGACAGAACUGCUCCAAGUGAAACGGCGCUGGUCUCUCAUUUCUUCAUUUCUGAUGCACUUUUGUUCGACAAUAAUUCUGAACCCCAAGAUCCAAUCCUCUGUGAUGCUAACAGUCGGAAAUCUCAUGAAGAUUUGAGAGGUAUAUGUGAGGAAAAACUGAAGAAUGAUGAGUGUGUUUUUGACUGCUCUAAGGAUUUAUUCUCCGUUACCUUUGAUUUAGGAUUUUGUAGUUCAGAUUCUGAUGAUGAAAUACUGGAACAUGCAUCAGAUACAAAUAAGAAUAGAUUUCUAGAGGAUCUCUCUGGAAGAUGUUCAGACAUUAAGGAGAGAAGUGAUGUAAAUCAUGUUUCAAAUCAAGCAGUAAUACCAAGAGAUCAUGUUGAUUGUGUUAUGAGUAGGACCAUCACUGUCACAUCAAGUGAAGAUAAGCAGAGUCCAAAUUUUGCACAUUUCCCACUGAGUGCAGCAAAGAAUAAAGAAUUUAUGUCUCCUGGUUAUUCUCAAUUUUCUUUGCCAGUGGGAGAAAAAGUUAUGAGUACACCACUUUCUAAAUUAAACACAUUGAACUCGUUUUCUAAGAGAAAGGAAAUGCAUAAGACGCCAGAUUCUAAUAAGGAAAAAGUAAAUCUACAAAGUUUUAAAGAAACGUUGAAUUCAACUUUUGAUGAUUCAGGACUUUCUAUAGAAAAGUCUAAAAGCAGGAGGCAAAUCAAUCUGCAUCAGUCCUGUCAUUCUGCUGGAGAUGAACAAUUACCAAGCAAUGAAAGUGAAGAUGAUGAGAUUUUCCAAAGAAAAAGUAGAAAAACAAAAGGAAAUGUUUUAGAAUCCCCUGAGGAUCAGAGGAGUAGUGAAGUCGAUUCACCACUUCAUGCUGUCAGAAAGCGCAGGGCUCCUCCAAACAGAUUAGAAUUAUCAUCGAGUGAUGAGAGUGAGAAUUUUCAGAGACGACACCCACAGUCAGAUGACUUCAAGGCUCAUCCGAAGAGUGCCAAAGGGGCCAUUGGAGUUCUCAAGAGACAGGGUCACCUGAAGCUCGUAGCUAGAAAGUUUAUAGAUGAUGAAGCAGAACUUUCCCAAGAAGAUGCAGAAUGUGCUUCAUCAGAUGAAACCGAUGACUCAGAAAAUGAGCAAGACUCUUCCUUACUUAACUUCUUAAAUGAUGAGACUCAACUUUCACAGGCUAUAAAUGAUUCUGAAAUGAGAGCUAUUUACAUGAAAUCUUUGCGCAGCCCAUUGAUGAGAAAUCGGUACACAAUGGUCCAUAAGAAACAUAACAAUGCAAACAUUUUCUCACAGAUCCCUGAGCAGGAUGAAAACUAUUUAGAAGACAGUUUUUGUGUUGAUGAAGAGGAGUCUGGCACAAGCCAGUCAAGUGAAGAAGAAGCGUGUGUUGAUUCUGACGUAGUAGCUGAAGAUUCCUUUGCAAGCGGGAGUAAGAAAUAUAAAACCCGACAUGCAGUAAAGCUAAAACAAAUGAACAUGACACAAAAUCUUGCACGUUCAAAAAAGAAAUUAUCCAGAAUUAUUUUACUAGAUGAUUCAAGUGAGGAGGAAAACACUGUAAAUGAUAAAGGAGACUCCAGUGAUAUGGUUGACCCAGGGACUGUUAACACGAGCGGGCAGCAGGUUCACACAGGCGGGCAGCAGGUUCACACGGGCAGACAGCAGGGUCACACGAGCGGACAGCAGGGUCACACUAGCGGACAGCAGGUUCUCACGGGCGGACAGCAGGUUCUCACGGGCGGACAGCAGGUUCACACGGGCGGGCAGCAGGUUCUCACAGGCGGACAGCAGGUUCUCACGGGCGGACAGCAGGUUCACACGGGCGGGCAGCAGGUUCACACGGGUGGACAGCAGGUUCACAUCAGCAGACAGCAGGUUCACACGGGCGGACAGCAGGUUCACAUCAGCAGACAGCAGGUUCACACAGGUGGGCAGCAGGUUCACAUCAGCAGAGAGCAGGUUCACAUCAGCAGAGAGCAGGUUCACACGGGUGGACAGCAGGUUCACACGGGCGGACAGCAGGUUCACACGGGCGGACAGCAGGUUCACACGGGCGGACAGCAGGUUCACACGGGCAGACAGCAGGUUCACACGGGUGGACAGCAGGUUCACACGGGCGGACAGCAGGUUCACACGGGCGGACAGCAGGUUCACAUCAGCAGACAGCAGGUUCACACAGGUGGGCAGCAGGUUCACAUCAGCAGACAGCAGGUUCACAUCAGCAGACAGCAGGUUCACACGGGCGGACAGCAGGUUCACACCUGCGGACAGCAAGUUCACACGAGCCGACAGCAGGGUCACAUGAGCCGACAGCAGGACCCUCGUUUGAGUUUAGUGCCUUCUGGGUCUUCCUUGCCAUCCAAAGACCACUCUCAUUCAGUUGUUGAUGAGUCAGCAAAGCAGAGACGGCACACACCGCUUAACUUAAAGGAUGCAGUCUCUGAGGUCUCGGACUUCAAACUUCAGAGCCGUGAUAGACUCGAAGCUGCCUCACCAUUGUCCACCGCUGUUGAUUCACAGACAGACUGUAGAAAAUUCCCAGUUCAGUUGAAGGUCGGGAGUGUGCGGGAGGACUCUGGCUCUUCAAUGGCAUACUGUUCCAGCUCAAGACCACAUUUGGCUGGCACACAUGCUGCUCCCAGAUUUCCACCAGAAGGCCGAAGAACUUGUAUUCUUGUAGAUAGUCGUGAAAUCACUUCUGGUUCAGAAGUAAUUUCUUCCCUGCGAGCAGUUCAUGGCUUACAGGUAGAGGUCUGUCCUCUUCAUGGUUGUGGUUACAUCGUGAGUAACCGCAUGGUGGUGGAAAGGAGGCCUCAGUCGGAGAUGCUAAACAGUGUCGGGAAGAACAAGCUCAUUGACCAGAUCCAGUACCUACAGAGCAUGUUUGAAAGAAUAUGUGUGAUUGUGGAAAAGGACAGAGAAAAAACAGGAGACACAUCCAGGAUGUUUAGGAGAACAAAGAGCUAUGAUAACCUGCUCACUACCUUAAUUGGUGCUGGAAUCCGAAUUCUUUUCAGUUCCUGCCAAGAAGAAACUGCAGAUUUGCUAAAGGAACUAUCUUUAGUGGAACAAAGAAAGAAUGUUGGCAUUCAGGUCCCAGCAGUGGUGAACAGUAAUAAGUGUGGGGCGCUUCAGUUUUAUCUCAGUAUUCCCAACGUAAGCUAUGUCACUGCAUUAAAUAUGUGUCACCAGUUUUCAUCUGUGAAAAAGAUGACUAACAGCUCACCUCAGGAAAUCUCCACACACGCACAAGUGCCUCCUCAGAAGGCCGAGGAGAUCUGCAGAUACGUUCACCACGUAUUUGACAUGCAGAUGUUACCCAACGGCCUGAACCACGGUGGCCUGCAGCCCGACGCUUGAUCAGGCUGCUUGGGGCGCGGGCAGGACUCCCAGCGCAAGGUGCACAUCGGUAGUCAUCGCUGUGACGUGAUUAGCAGUGUACAUAUGUAAAUAAGAGAAUAUUUCCGUAUUAUUUUAUAUUGUAUACAUUUUUAUUUAUAUAAAUUAUUAAAAAAGAAACCCCUGAUCAAUUACCAUUUUGAUUAGAUUAUGAAACCUUUUUUUUAAAUUGGAUAAAGAAAAGUUUAUUGAAGGUGCUAUUAAGAAAGUAAAAGCUAGAGUUAGAGAUGUAUUUUGGAAUUUUUCCAAAGACUGUCGUUGUCAUUUGUGAGCAUAAUUUGAUGUGUCUGCUGCCAACUUAAUGGUCAUAAACAAUUUUUCCUAUA